AUGGAGGCUAGGGAAGUGGCGGCGGAGUGUUGGACUUAUGCUGAGUGUGUGCAUAGUAGCCCAUUGGAGUUGCUAGCUGCGCGUUGUGUUGGUGAUGUGUUUUGUGAUGCGUUGGAAGUUUCUGUGGGCUUUAGUUCUCUUAAUGUGUGUGAAAAGAAGUUGAGGGAACGAAUGACAUUGUGGCGGUUGAAGAAGAAACUUCUUGCUCUGGCGCGUGAGCUUUGUACAAGAUAUGAGGAGUUUAAUGAACGUGAGCGUAUGUUGGGGCUGGGCGUUGGUUUGUGUGAGGUGGAGUGUAAGCCGUCUCCGUCGUCUGAUGUUAUUGUAUGUGAUAAUUCAGUUUGCCACACACCAGUGUAA